AUGUUUUGGAAGAUCCUGAGAAUAAGCCUGGUGGUCCUGGCUGGGUGGGCAAUCAGUGCCACCGACUCAGAGCUGGGCUCGACACGUAAGAAAUUCCUGGCCCAGAAGAAACAUCUGAAUCGGGUGCGGUUGGAAAGAGAACAGUGUUGGCUGGGGAACAAGGUUCGAAGACCGAGAACUGCUCCCCAACAUCAUCUCUUUGGGGUCUACCCAAGCGGAGCCAAAAGCUACCUGAACUCCUACCUUGUGUGGAAGCAGCAAACCCAGAAUGUAGCAUGGAGCCAACAAAGCACAGUGACAGAGGCUCCGAGUGGUGUUUCCCAAGACCUGACUGAAAACCCAGCAGGAGUGAGGAGGGCGUCUGAGCAGCCAGCUGCCCCGUGGGUAGGGGAUGGUCCUAUUGGGCAAUCGGAGCUGCCUAGAGAUGAUGACACUUAUCUUGGCAAGGGAGGAUGCAAGCAGGCUCUAGGUGAGCCUGCUACUCGGGGAAGCUCAGAAACUGCUGCCUCCACCCUUGCCACCUUUGCGUACCAGAAUGGACCCACAGCCGAGACCCAGAGGAAUGGUGAGGCCAGUUCUAGGCUUCCUCACCAAAUGCAGAAGAGGCAGGCAGAAGUGACCAGAGACUCCCGGGAUACCCCUCAAGAUUCCCAGCUUUGGCCUAAGAAAUCCCGUAAGCACCGAGAUAGUGACAGUUCGUUGGCGGCCACCAUCCAAAAUGGUGGAGGGGUCUCUGGCUGGAGAGCAGAGACCUUUAACCCUCAAGGAGGAUUGCCUGUACUGUACUUCUCUGGGAAGAGGGAGCGGCUGCUGCUCCGUCCAGAAGUGCUGGCUGAGAUUCCCCGGGAGGCGUUCACAGUGGAAGUCUGGGUGAGACCAGAGGGAGGACAGAACAACCCAGCCACCAUUGCAGGUGUGUUUGACAACUGCUCCCACACAGUCAGUGACAAGGGCUGGGCCCUGGGCAUCCGCUCAGGGAAGGACAAGGGAAGGAGAGAUGCUACCUUCUUCUUUUCCCUCCGCACUGACCGGGCGAAGAAAGCUACUAUUGUGACUGGCCACAGCCGCUACCAGCUCGGCACGUGGACUCAUGUAGCAGCCACUUAUGAUGGACGGCAUGUAGCUCUGUAUGUGGAUGGCACUCGAGUGGCUAGUAGUCCUGACCAGACUGGCCCAUUGAAUAGCCCUUUCAUGGCAUCCUGUCGCUCUCUGCUCCUGGGGGGGGACAACUCAGAAGAUGGGCAUUAUUUCCGUGGAUACCUGGGCAUGCUGGUCAUCAGGGCGACUGCCCUCUCACAAAUCAACUUCCAGAACAGUCCCCAGUAUCAAAGCAGAGCAGACGAGUUGACUACCCUGAUCCUGACAGCUACUUUCAAUCCUCUGAAGGAACAGUGGGUCCCCUUUAGAGAUGAGACCUAUCCCCGGCUGGAGAUUCUCCAGGACUCUGAGUCACAACCUGAGAGUCUGUCACCUUUACAUCCCCCGCCUUGUGGGCAAACAGCUUGUGACAACGUGGAACUGAUCUCCCAGUACAAUAAGCAUGGGCCCCUUCGGGAAGAGAAAGUCAUCCGCUACCAGUUGGUAAACAUCUGUGAUGAUGAGGGGCUGCAUCCCACUGUGAGUGACCAGCAGAUCCGCCACCAGCACGAGGCAUUGAACGAGGCCUUCAGCCGCUACAACAUCAGCUGGCAACUGAGUGUCCACCGAGUCCACAACUCCACCCUGCGCGAGCGGCUUGUGCUUGUUCACUGUGAGCCCAACGAUAUUGGCAAUGACCACUGUGACCCUGGGUGUGAGCAUCCACUCACUGGCUACGAUGGGGGCGAUUGCCUCGUGCAGAUCCGCUGCUACUCCUGGAAUCGCAGGGAUGGCCGCUGUGACAUGGACUGCAACAAUGUGCUGAAUGAUUUUGAUGACGGCGACUGCUGCGAUCCCGAAGUGACUGAUGUGCGCAAGACUUGCUUUGACCCUGACUCACCCAGGAGGGCAUACAUGAGCGUGAAGGAGCUAAAGGAUAUCUUGCAGCUCAACAGCAGUCACUUCCUCAAUGUCUACUUGGCCAGUUCUGUUCGGGAUGACUUUGCAGGUUCUGCCACGUGGCCUUGGGACAAGGAAGCUGUCAGUCACCGGGGUGGUAUCACCCUCAACUCAGUCUAUUAUGGCAUACCAGGCCAUACCAAUGUCAUGAUCCAUGAAGUGGGACAUGUCCUGGGACUCUACCAUGUAUUCAAAGGAGUCAGUGAGAAAGAAUCCUGUGAUGACCCCUGCAGAGAGACAGUACCAUCCAUGGAGACAGGGGACCUGUGUGCUGACACUGCUCCCACACGCAAGAGCAAACUGUGUCGGGACCCUGACCCAGCUAAUGACACCUGCGGCUUCACCCACUUCCCUGGGUCUCCAUUCAGUAACUACAUGAGCUACACAGAUGAUGACUGCACUGACAACUUCACCCCAAACCAGGUGGCCCGGAUGCAUUGCUAUUUGGACCUCGUAUACCAGCAAUGGAGUGAAAGCCAAAAGCCCACUCCCAUACCCAUCCCACCAAUGGUUAUUGGGCAAACCCACAAGUCCCUCACUAUUCACUGGCUGCCUCCUAUUAGUGGAGUUUUGUAUGACAGGGCCCCCGGCAGUAUGUGUGGUUCCUGCACUCAAGAUGGGGCAUUCCGUCAGUACGUACACAAGGCAUCCUCUGGGCGGGUGUGUGACGCUUCAGGUUUCUGGACUCCAGAGGAGGCUGUGGGGCCUCCUGAUGUGGAUCAUCCCUGUGAGCCUAGCUUGCAGGCCUGGAGUCCUGAGGUCCACCUGUACCACAUGAAUAUGACUGUGCCCUGCCCAGAUGAAGGCUGCAGCUUAAAGAUGCUUUUCCAACACCCCGUCGAAGCUGAUACCCUCACACUCUGGGUUACUUACCUCUCUGUGAACUCUUCCAAGGCGCUCUUUGACAUAGAGAUCUUGCUGGAACACAAGGCAUCUGUGCACCUUGGGCCCUAUAACACUUUUUGUGACCUGCCGCUCACCAUCAAGCUCUACAUGGAUGGAAAGGUCUCCGGAGUAAAAGUCUACACCUUUGAUGAACGAAUAGAAAUCGAUGCUGCUCUCCUGACUUCUCGGCCCAAUAGUUCCUUGUGUUCUGAGUGCAGGCCCGUGAGUUACCAGGUUCUCCGAGAGCCUCCUUUUUCCAGUGGCUUGCCCGUGGUGAUGACACACCCACACAGGAAGUUCACGGACAUGGAGGUCGUCCCGGGGCAGACGUAUCAGUAUCAGGUUCAAGCUGAAGCUGGCGGGGAACUCGGAGAAGCUUCCCCACCUCUGAGCCAUGUUCAUGGAGGCCCUUACUGUGGAGACGGGAAGGUGGAAAGGAGCAUAGGAGAAAUGUGCGAUGAUGGAGACCUGUGGAAUGGAGAUGGGUGCUCAAAAGCAUGCAAACUAGAGGAAGGCUUCAAUUGUGUAGGGGAGCCAAGCCUUUGCUACAGGUAUGAGGGAGAUGGUAUUUGUGAACCUUUUGAGAAGAAAACCAGCAUCAUAGACUGUGGCCUCCAUACUCCUGAAGGACACUUGGACCAGUGGGCUACUCAGGCUUAUUCCCACCAUGAAGACAAGAAGAAGUGCCCCGUUUCCUUGGUAACAGGAGAACCUCAUUCAAUGAGUUGCGCUCCACACCAUCCAGAUUCGUCCUCACACCAUCUCUUUACUGGCUGGUCCCCUUGUGUCUUCAGUCUGAAGAGUGGCCAGGAUGAAGACAACGAGCAGUCUAAAAAUAGCCUGCAGAAGGACAAUGAAGUUUGGCUGGAAGCGGGUUUCGAUAAGCCCGGAGUUGCUGUGGCAAUUUUCCUUUUCUUGGCAUCUGAUGGCCUGGUCCCUGGGAAGCAGCAGCAGUCAACAGUGACUCUCUACCUGGUUGAUGUCAGAGGAAGUAACCACUCUCUUGGAACCUAUGAACUGUCGUGUCAACAUAAUCCACUGGUUAUCAAUGUGAACCAUCAGGCGGAUGUCUGCCCCCACCAUACCUCCUCUGCGCUGCUGAAAUUUUCAUCCCCGCUGGUGGGCAUCUCAGCAGUGGCUCUAAGGACGUCCUCCCACACCAGUUCUUCAGCUUCCAGUAAUUGUAUCUCAGAGCAGAAUAAUCAGGGACAGAGCUGUGCCCAACAACCAUGUGGAGAAGAGGAAAGAUGUACGCCAUUGCUACUUGAUCACACAGACAUGGUAAAUUGUACCUCGAGUGGCCCAAGUCACAUGAAGUGUGCUGUCACUUGUCAGAGAGGGUUUGUGCUUCAGAGCAGCAGUGGAAAGUUCUUCAGGACCUUGCAGAAAGCGGUUUUCCUCACUUGUUCCUCUGGCCGCUGGGACAAGGAUGUGAACUGCAAGCCCCUUGACUGUGGCAUCCCAGACUCGUCUUUGGCGAAUUAUACAAACUUCUCAUGUUUGGAGGGCACCAGCUAUCUGAAACGCUGUUCCAUCUCAUGUGUCCCACCAGCCACGCUCCAAGGACUGAACCCGUGGCUGACCUGUCUUGAAGAUGGACUCUGGUCUCUCCCUGAAGCCUACUGCAAAUUGGAAUGUAAAGCCCCUCCAGUUAUUCCCAACGCUAACUUACUCCGGCCACACUGCCUGGAAGCCAACCAUGAUGUGGGCACCACUUGCAGAUAUGAGUGCAAACCGGGCUACUACGUGAAGGAGAGUACAGGAAGUCAAGGCCGGAACAAAUUCCUAAAGAUACAAUGCCUGGAUGAUGGAACCUGGGAACAAGGGAGCUGCGUCCCGGUGGUUUGUAAGCCUCCUCCUCCUGUUUUUGAAGGCAUGUACGAAUGUACUGAUGGCUUCAAGCUGGGCAGCCGGUGUGUACUCAACUGUAACCAGGAAAAGGAAAGGGUUCCCAUCCUUUGCACUGAGGAGGGGCUGUGGUCCCAGGAGUUCAAGUUGUGUGAAAACCUGCAAGGGGAAUGCCCGCCACUCGCUUCGGAGCUCAAUUCUGUGGAGUACCAAUGUAAACAGGGAUACGGGAUCGGUGCAGUGUGUUCCCCACUGUGUGUAACCCCUCCUAGUGACCCUGUGAUACUACCAGAGAAUGUGACUACUGACACUCUGGAGCACUGGAUGGUACCUGUCAAAGUCCAGAGCAUCGUGUGUACUGGCAGGCGUCAGUGGCACCCAGAACCCUCCCUGAUCCACUGCAUCCCGUCAUGUGAGUUACUUCUUGCAUUUGGCCUUCUUGACUUCAUUUUUGCUGCUGCUGCUGUUGCUGCUGCUGCUGCUGUUUUAGUCCAAGCGGUGUGCCCCAGCAUCACCACAGCUAAUUGCACUGAAAGAGGAGGCCUACGCUGUGCAGUAUAG